UCUCUUCAAAUAUGUAUGUGGAUUAAUAAAACAUCAGGGCAAUGUCCUGACUCCGGCGAUGGCCACCACUGGAUUGCUGUUUGGUUGGGUUGGAUGAUCGUGCGCCCCACACCAUAUCCGACUCCUCCCCGAGCGCAGUUCAGUGUAAAGAUGGCGUCCAUCAUGGAGGGGCCGCUGAGUAAGUGGACUAACGUCAUGAAAGGUUGGCAGUAUCGUUGGUUUGUGUUGGAUUACAAUGCCGGCUUGCUGUCAUACUACACGUCUAAGGACAAGAUGAUGCGAGGCUCAAGAAGAGGCUGUGUUCGUCUCAGGGGCGCUGUAAUCGGCAUUGAUGACGAGGACGACAGCACAUUCACCAUCACCGUGGACCAGAAGACUUUCCAUUUCCAAGGUCCAUCCUGACGGUGCCCUGGAUGGAGCUGGGCGGCGAGUGCAGCGUCGUCUGCUCCAAGUCGGGCUACAGCGCCAACAUCGUGUUCCACACAAAGCCCUUCUACUGCGGCAAGAAGCACCGCAUCACGGCGGACAUGCAGAGUCUUAAGACUAUGAACAAGUGAAGGAGAGUUGAACGGCGUGAUGUACGCCAAGUGGGCAUCUGGGGAGAACGCUUUGUUCAUAGACAACAAGAAGAUGGACAUUAUCAAGAAGAAGGUGCGCAAGCUCGAAGACCAGUUGGACUACGAAUCUCGAAGUGGUGAGCAGCAGCUUUGAGGACCAGUUGACCAGUCUAAAUGGAUCGGCCCCCCAAGUUUUGGGCCAGGCCAAUGGGCCCCAGGAGACAGAAGCCCUGCCUCAGCCCUUCGGCCUGGACUCGGACGAGCUGACUGAGGCGGUCGAGAGCGACCCUAACCUCUUCGUGGCGCUCUAUGACUUUGAGGCCAGAAACGAUGACGAGCUCAGCUUCACCAAAGGCGAGAUGCUGCUGGGCUACAACAAUGGCGGGUGGAGCGAGGUGCUCUCCAAGAACGGCGAGGGCUUGGUGCCGUCCAACUACAUCACGCCCGUCAACAGCCUGGAGAAUCACAGCUGGUACCGCGGCCCCGUGUCACGCAGCGCCGCCAUGUACCUGCUCGGCCUGGACUCGGCCGCGCUGACAGAGGAGGUACGCUGGCGCUACAAGGAGAACCUCCUGGGGACGGGGGAGAGCGACCCCAAACUCUUCGUGGCGCUCUAUGACUUUGUGGCCAAAUACGAUGACGACCUCAGCAUCACCAAAGGCGAGAAGCUGCUGGGCUACAACUAUGGCGAGUGGAGCGAGGUGCUCUCCAAGAACGGCCAGGGCUUGGUGCCGUCCAACUACAUCACGCCUGUCAACAGCCUGGAGAAUCACAGCUGGUACCGCGGCCCCGUGUCACGCAGCGCCGCCAUGUACCUGCUCGGCCUGGACUCGGCCGAGCUGACAGAGGAGGUACACUGGCGCUCCAAGAAGAACCUCCUGGGGACGGCGGAGAGCGACCCCAACCUCUACGUGGCGCUCGAUGACUUUGUGGCCACCGGCGAUGACACACUCAGCAUCACCAAAGGCGAGAAGCUGUGGGUGCUGGGCUACGACAACGGCGAGUUGAGCGAAGUCCGCUCCAAGAACGGCCAGGGCUGGGUGCUGUCCAACUACAUCACGCCCGUCAACAGCCUGGAGAAGCACAGCUGGUACCGCAGCCCCGGGCACUACUCCGCCGAGUACCUUUUCGGCCUGGUCUCGGUCGCGCUGACGGAGGCGGUACGCUGGAGCUCUGAGGAGAACCUGCACGGGGAGUCGGAGAGCGACCCCAACCUUUUCAAGGCGCUCCAUGACUUUGAGGCCAGCGAAGAUAACAUGCUCAGCAUCACCAAAGGCGAGAUGCUGCUGGGCUACAACUACGGCGGGUGGAGCGAGGUGCUCUCCAAGAACGGCCAGGGCUUGGUGCCGUCCAACUACAUCAUGCCCGUCAACAGCCUGGAGAAUCACAGCUGGUACCGCGGCCCCGUGUCGCGCAGCGCCGCCAUGUACCUGCUCGGCCUGGACACGCUGACAGAGGAGGUACGCUGGCGCUACAAGGAGAACCUCCUGGGGACGGCGGAGAGCGACCCCAACCUCUUCGUGGCGCUCGAUGACUUUGUGGCCGAAUACGAUGACGAGCUCAGCAUCACCAAAGGCGAGAAGCUGCUGGGCUACAACUAUGGCGGGUGGAGCGAGGUGCUCUCCAAGAACGGCCAGGGCUUGGUGCCGUCCAACUACAUCAUGCCCGUCAACAGCCUGGAGAAUCACAGCUGGUACCGCGGCCCCGUGUCGCGCAGCGCCGCCAUGUACCUGCUCGGCCUGGACUCGGCCGCGCUGACAGAGGAGGUACGCUGGCGCUACAAGGAGAACCUCCUGGGGACGGCGGAGAGCGACCCCAACCUCUUCGUGGCGCUCUAUGACUUUGUGGCCGAAUACGAUGACGACCUCAGCAUCACCAAAGGCGAGAAGCUGCUGGGCUACAACUAUGGCGGGUGGAGCGAGGUGCUCUCCAAGAACGGCCAGGGCUUGGUGCCGUCCAACUACAUCAUGCCCGUCAACAGCCUGGAGAAUCACAGCUGGUACCGCGGCCCCGUGUCACGCAGCGCCGCCAUGUACCUGCUCGGCCUGGACUCGGCCGCGCUGACAGAGGAGGUACGCUGGCGCUACAAGGAGAACCUCCUGGGGACGGCGGAGAGCGACCCCAACCUCUUCGUGGCGCUCUAUGACUUUGUGGCCGAAUACGAUGACGACCUCAGCAUCACCAAAGGCGAGAAGCUGCUGGGCUACAACUAUGGCGGGUGGAGCGAGGUGCUCUCCAAGAACGGCCAGGGCUUGGUGCCGUCCAACUACAUCAUGCCCGUCAACAGCCUGGAGAAUCACAGCUGGUACCGCGGCCCCGUGUCACGCAGCGCCGCCAUGUACCUGCUCGGCCUGGACUCGGCCGCGCUGACAGAGGAGGUACGCUGGCGCUACAAGGAGAACCUCCUGGGGACGGCGGAGAGCGACCCCAACCUCUUCGUGGCGCUCUAUGACUUUGUGGCCAAAUACGAUGACGACCUCAGCAUCACCAAAGGCGAGAAGCUGCUGGGCUACAACAAUGGCGAGUGGAGCGAGGUGCUCUCCAAGAACGGCCAGGGCUUGGUGCCGUCCAACUACAUCAUGCCCGUCAACAGCCUGGAGAAUCACAGCUGGUACCGCGGCCCCGUGUCGCGCAGCGCCGCCAUGUACCUGCUCGGCCUGGACUCGGCCGCGCUGACAGAGGAGGUACGCUGGCGCUACAAGGAGAACCUCCUGGGGACGGCGGAGAGCGACCCCAACCUCUUCGUGGCGCUCUAUGACUUUGUGGCCGAAUACGAUGACGACCUCAGCAUCACCAAAGGCGAGAAGCUGCGGGUGCUGGGCUACGACUAUGGCGAGUUGAGCAAAGUGCGCUCCAAGAACGGCCACGGCUGGGUGCUGUCCAACUACAUCUGGCCCGUCAACAGCCUGGAGAAGCACAGCUGGUACCGCAGCCCCGUACUGUGGUACUCCGCCGAAUACCUAUUCGGCCUGGUCUCGGCCGCGCUGACGGAGGCGGUACGAUGGAGCUCAGAGGAGAACCUGCACGGGGAGUCGGAGAGCGACCCCAACCUCUUCAUGGCGCUCUAUGACUUUGAGGCCAGCGGCGAUAACAUGCUCAGCAUCACCAAAGGCGAGGAGCUGCGGGUGGUGGGCUACAGCAAGUGGAGCCAGGUGCGCUCUGAGAAUGGCCAGGGCUGGGUGCCGUCCAACUACAUCAUGCCCGUCAGCCUGGAGAAGAUCAGCUGGUACCACGGGGCCGUGUCGCGCUCCGCCGCCGAGUACCUGCUCAGCUCACUCAUCAGCGGCAGCUUCCUGGUGCGGGAGAGCGAGAGCAGCCGCAGGCAGCUGUUCAUCUCGCUGCGCUACGAGGGCUUCAGCUACCACUGUUCGGGUGUGGAGGAGGAGGAGGAGGAGGAGGAAGAGGAGGGCCUCGUGUGCCACUACCACAUCAACAUGUCCUCUGACGGAAAGGUGUACGUGACGGCGGAGAGCCGCUUCGCCACGCUGGCGGAGCUGGUCCACCACUACUCCACGGUGGCGGGCGGCCUGGUCAACACACUGCGCUAUCCGGCGCCCAAGCGCAGCAAACCCACAGUGAACGGCGUGUCGCCCAUCCACGACAAGUGGGAGAUAGAUUGCACGGACAUCACCAUCAAGAACAUGCUGGGCAGCGGGUACCACGGCGAGGUCUACGAGGGCGUCUGGAUCAAACGCUGGCGUAUGGUCGCAGUCAAAAAGAUCAAGGAGGACACCAUGGAGGUUGAAGAGUUUCUGAAGGAGGCGGCGGUGAUGAAAGAGGUCAAACACCCCAACCUAGUCCAACUACUAGGCGUGUGCACCCUGGAGCCUCCCUUCUACAUCGUGAUGGAGUACAUGCCAAACGGCAACCUGCAGGACUACCUGAUGCAGUGCGACCGCAAUGAGACCAUGAUGCUCUACAUGGCCACGCAGAUCUCCUCCGCCAUGGAGUACCUGGAGAAGAAGAACUACAUACACGGGGACCUGGCCACCAGGAACUGCCUGGUAGGGGAGAACCACGUGGUGAAGGUGGCGGACUUCGGCCUGAGCUGGCUGGCCAACGACAACUUCUCCAUCAAGUCUGACGUGUGGGUGUUCGGGGUGAUGCUCUUGGAGAUCACAACCUACGGCAUGUCUCCGUACCUUGGGUUCAAUAGCUCUGAGUUGUCCGACCUGCUGGAGGACGGAUCCUUGGAGCAGCCUGAGGGCUGCCCCCCUAAAGUCUACGAGCUCAUGAAGGCCUGCUGGCAGAAGAGCCCGUUGGACCGGCCUUCGUUUGCUGAGAUCCAUCAGGCCUUUGAGACCAUGUACCAUGAUUCCAGCAUCUCUGAAGGUACAGCCCACAUCAGAACCCAGCGCGCCGCCGAAGAGGAGGGGAACAGUCGUCCACAACGACUGCCAAAACAAGAGCUAUAAAGAGCCCUCCUUCUAACAAUUAGUGUUUAUGUAUGUUGUGUUAUUUGGAUCAUCAUUAACAUGCAAUGGAUUAACUCAUUCCCAUCUGCCCAUAUCCUGUAUGAAAGUGCAAUUGUUUCAUGCUACGUUUUGAUAAAUUUAUUUUUAUUGUUUUUUUGUUUUUAUUUUACGUUUUAAUGUUCUGGUAAAAAAAUAAGUGUUUCAAUUUGAUGUCCUUCUUAAAUAUUAAUAUAUUCAUUUUCUCAUUAAACCUGCCCACAACUUUA